AGUACGCUCGACUUUUCACUCCUCAAGCGAGGCUACGUCGAGCCCCCGCCUCCGAAGCAGCUCCCGGCCGGCCGGCGGCAGGAUCGGGGCGACCCGCUCCCGGCCCGUAACCCGGCCAACAGCUGGCCGGUGCUGCAGCCCUGGCCGACCUUCGAUUCUGGGCUGAACGAAAGCCAGCUCCAGGCCGUGCGACAGGCGCUGACCAACGAGCUGGCCCUGAUCCAAGGGCCGCCAGGCACCGGCAAGACCUUUGUGGGUCUCAAGAUCGCGCGCUUGCUGCUGCAAACCAGGCAGCGCACGGCACCGCCAAUCCUAUGCGUGUGCUACACCAAUCAUGCUCUCGAUCAGUUCUUGGAGGGAAUCUACAAGUUCGAGAAGGACGUCGUGCGCAUCGGUGGCCGGUCGUCAAGCACGAUUCUUGGAGAGCGCAACAUCAUGAAGCUGCAGCUCCCUUAUGGUCAUCGGCUGCUGGGUGCCCGGUGGAAUAUCAAGCGAUCGUGCGUUGACCCCUCACCGCGGCUCGUCCUGCCAGUAACGCGUUUCCUCACCGUCAUGGUAUACAGGCAAGACGAAGUGUCGCAUGCUAUCGUCCAGUGUUUGGAAAACCUGCGCAAGGAGAGGCUUUCCUUGAGCGACCUGAAGAAGGUGGCCUUCCCGCACCACCUCCGCUCCCUAGGAGGCUGA